AUGGAGGGCAGUGAGAAGGAAUUUGGAUCUCCCAAUAGGGGAGGUGAGGAAGAAUUGCUAAACCCCUCGAACCUUAUUGAUGAAGUCCAAGACCUGGAGAAGCAGCUGUCGCAGAUCCACGUCCACGUUCCUAAAGUUCUAUAUGAAUUUGACUGGACCAAGAUUGACACUGCCUAUUUGCCAGAGUCCUACAAGACCAAUUCACCCAAGGAGCAGAUGCUUCUGCAAGUGGCUGAUAAUUUUCAUCGGCAGUACGCACACCUUUGCCCGGACCGUGAGCCCCUCUUCCUUCACCCUGUCAAUGAAUGUGGUAUGGAAAAAUUUGUAAGCACCACUGUCCGGCCAACUCUGCUCCCCUACUCAGAAUUAUACAACUGGGAUAACGCUGCCUGUUUUGUUUCUGAUUAUCUCACUAUGGAGCCUCUUCCGUCUCCAAUUGCACCGCCCAGCUACCUGUAUUCACCAACCACCAUCCUGCGGUACCAGCGGGGAAACUGUUUCGACUUCAGCGUCCUCUUAUGCUCUCUGCUAAUUGGGGCGGGCUACGAUGCCUACUGCGUGAACGGCUACGCCACCAAGGACAUCUGCAUGAUGGACGAAUCCCAGGACUUGUGCCCACUCUUGGCGAAACCAGAAGAGGUCCCAGUAGAAGCCGAGAAGGAGAAGCCUAAGAAAUAUGCUAUCAAGCCCCCACGUGACCUGCGGAGCAAAUUUGAGUUGCGCCAGGAAGCCAAGCAGCAAGCUGUAGAACAGGCUGCAGAAGAGAAGAGGCAGAAGGAGGAGGAAGAGAAGAAGGCCAUGGAGGAGAAGCCUAAGCCAGACCCGCUGUACGGUCUCCGUGUCCACGCCUGGGUGCUCAUUCUCUCAGGCAAGCGGGAGGUGCCUGAGAGCUUCUUUAUUGACCCUUUCACUGGAAAAAGCUACAGUACCGUUGACGAUCACUUCCUGGGUAUUGAGAGUCUGUGGAACCAUCGGAAUUACUGGAUCAACAUGCAGGAUUGUUGGAAUGCCUGCAGGGAUCUCCAGUUUGAUCUCGGGGAUCCUGUGCGGUGGGAAUUUAUGCUUCCCAGCACUGACAAACCUCUCUUGUCCCUGCCAGAAAUGGAGGAGGAAGAGGAUCUGGGUGAGGAUGACAUGGAAGAUUUGAUAAAAGAAGAGGAAUCAAAGAGUUUUGACAUGCCUGCAUCUUGGGUGGAGCUGAUCCACAUAUCUUCCAAAGCUUAUGAGGUGCAGUGUCCUCAAGGCAAGAAACUGAUUCAGUAUAAUAAUGCCAGGUUGGAGAAAUGGGCACCAUAUCUUAAUCCCAAUGGCCUAGUCACCCGACUAACGGUGUAUGAAGAUCCAGACUGUACAAAGGUGCUUGAAGUGAAGGAGUGGUUCAAGAAUCGCGAAGACACGUUGGACACCAGAGAACUAAAUAAACAAACCCAGGUCACAGUGGAGCACUUUUUGCCUGGACAUGCCCUGGGCCUGAAAGCACAUAUGUACAAGACGAUGGACCCCGAGACAGAGCGCACUAUGGACUUCUACAGUGAGACACGGGUGGAUGGCCUUCAGAAGCGCACAGAAACUUCCCAAGAGAUGGCAGAAUAUUUUGAAGGUCGCUCAGAUUUCCUGAACUACCGGCACACUGAGUUUGGCAAAAGAAUCAAGAAGCCUACCAAGAUUCUGGCCAGCACUGAAACCAAUGCCCGGCCGAUUUUGAAAAUCACUGAGAGGUUCCACAGGAACCCAAGCAAACCAGCUGAUGAAGAUGUGGCCGAACGCAUUUUUUCGAUGGUAGAGGAUAAGAUCUUUUUGACCUAUCAUUGCAAGAAGAAUUACAUCACCCCUUCCAAGAGGGAGUUUAACAAGCAUACAGAUGUGGACAGCAAGGGAAAUAAGGUUGUCAUGAGCCGGGAUAUGUGCAUCAGUUAUCAGUCAGGGCCUGUGGAGAAAAAAAAGAAAUUGUUCCAUCUCUAUGAAAUGAUGAUGCAGCUAAUUGAAGAUGAGAAACAUUCCCGGCACCAAGUGUGGGAAUCCGAGAUAGAGGUCCUGGACAUUCUGAGGAUUCGAGAAGAGGAAGAGAUUGCUAGCAAGUUGAGCGUGUCCAUUUAUGAUACCGAAAGAAAUGAGAAGAGUAAAGAACAUCGUGAAGUGUUGGAGCGCCUACAGCAAGAGGAGCGCCAGCGGCAAGUGGAGCAGGAUCUGGACUAUCUGGCGCCCUUCCUGAUUCAGAUGGGCGGUGUUGAGAAGAUGACCAAAUGGCUCGCUUUGCGCCUGAAGGAAGACUGCCUGAAUGAUUUCAAGCAUCGUCUCGUUGACAAGGCCAACCUCAUCCAAGCACGAUUUGAGAAG